GAUUACUGUUAUUAGAUGAUUUGAGUAUAACAUCAAUAACAUUUCAACGAUAUAAUAAACUUGGUAUAGUAUUACUGUUAUUAGAUGAUUUGAGUAUAAUAUCAAUAACAUUUCAACAAUAUAAUAAACUUGGUAUAGGAUUACUGUUAUUAGAUGAUUUGAGUAUAAUAUCAAUAACAUUUCAACAAUAUAAUAAACUUGGCAUAGGAUUACUGUUAUUAGAUGAUUUGAGUAUAAUAUCAAUAACAUUUCAACAAUAUAAUAAACUUGGUAUAGGAUUACUGUUAUUAGAUGAUUUGAGUAUAACAUCAAUAACAUUUCAACAAUAUAAUAAACUUGGUAUAGGAUUACUGUUAUUAGAUGAUUUGAGUAUAAUAUCAAUAACAUUUCAACAAUAUAAUAAACUUGGUAUAGGAUUACUGUUAUUAGAUGAUUUGAGUAUAAUAUCAAUACCAUUUCAACAAUAUAAUAAACUUGGCAUAGGAUUACUGUUAUUAGAUGAUUUGAGUAUAACAUCAAUAACAUUUCAACAAUAUAAUAAACUUGGCAUAGGAUUACUGUUAUUAGAUGAUUUGAGUAUAAUAUCAAUAACAUUUCAACAAUAUAAUAAACUUGGCAUAGGAUUACUGUUAUUAGAUGAUUUGAGUAUAACAUCAAUAACAUUUCAACAAUAUAAUAAACUUGGUAUAGGAUUACUGUUAUUAGAUGAUUUGAGUAUAACAUCAAUAACAUUUCAACAAUAUAAUAAACUUGGUAUAAGAUUACUGUUAUUAGAUGAUUUGAGUAUAAUAUCAAUAACAUUUCAACAAUAUAAUAAACUUGGUAUAGGAUUACUGUUAUUAGAUGAUUUGAGUAUAAUAUCAAUAACAUUUCAACAAUAUAAUAAACUUGGUAUAGGAUUACUGUUAUUAGAUGAUUUGAGUAUAAUAUCAAUAACAUUUCAACAAUAUAAUAAACUUGGCAUAGGAUUACUGUUAUUAGAUGAUUUGAGUAUAACAUCAAUAACAUUUCAACAAUAUAAUAAACUUGGUAUAGGAUUACUGUUAUUAGAUGAUUUGAGUAUAACAUCAAUAACAUUUCAACAAUAUAACAAACUUGGCAUAGGAUUACUGUUAUUAGAUGAUUUGAGUAUAAUAUCAAUAACAUUUCAACAAUAUAAUAAACUUGGUAUAGGAUUACUGUUAUUAGAUGAUUUGAGUAUAAUAUCAAUAACAUUUCAACAAUAUAAUAAACUUGGUAUAAGAUUACUGUUAUUAGAUGAUUUGAGUAUAAUAUCAAUAACAUUUCAACAAUAUAAUAAACUUGGUAUAGGAUUACUGUUAUUAGAUGAUUUGAGUAUAAUAUCAAUAACAUUUCAACAAUAUAAUAAACUUGGUAUAUUAUUUAAAUAUUUCUGA